AUAUCGAUCUACGAUAAUCAAUUCAUCAGUGGCACAGUGGCACAGUGGCACCGUAGGUUGGUUGGUAGGUUACUGGCACGGGUGCCUCAGCGCGCUCGGUGCUCCCGUUCCACCAUCCAUGGCGGGCGAUAAGAAAGGCCCAUGGCUGAUGGAUGGAUGAUCUUCGGCCCAUCUGACCAAUUUUCCCAAUUCCUUAUCUUGCGUCAAGGACGCGGAGGGGCGCAGAGUCGAAUUGGUCCUUUUCGUCCCUUUUCGUCCCUUUUCGUCCCUUUUCGUCCUUUUUCAUGUCAUGAUGGCGUACGGGGGAAAAGGCCACUAUCAGGGGCCCUCUUGGCUCUGCUGAUUGGCUUGCCGAGAGAAUCAAUGACGAGGGCGAUGAUACGGUUUAGCCUGUUCUUUAUAACUUCCUUCUAUCACCAUCGCCUACCUCCCUGCCCUCCCAUCUCCCAUCAAGCAGGUUGAAUCGCUCAUCCGUCCAUCCACUCAUCGUCGAAAGAAAGGAUCUGGAAAGGCUCUGGUCCCCCUAGGCUCGCUCCUUCCCCCGCCAAUCUUGUAUAUACCU